UUUUUAUUUACCGAGCUGGUUUCCUAGAAGAGAUUUCCUAAUCCAAAACAUACAUUAACCCCCCUCCCCCCACUUCAUCUCAUCUAACAGGCUGGGAUCUUGGAUGGAGUGAGUGUUGAGCCCCAGUGAGAUGACUGACCAGGGCAACAACAACCAGAACAUCUCUUGCAACCCCUUCGCUGCGCUCUUCGGCUCGCUGGCUGAUGCCAAACAGUUUGCAUCAGGCCAGAAACCUGCACAAGUGUCUGCUGAACCACCACUGGAGGACUCAGGAGAGAGCCAGUCCGAGUCAGAAAACUCUGUGUCAGACAGCGUUGAUGACAAUGACGACUCCGUGGCAGAGAUCAGCCGCUCCUUUCGAUCACGCCAGGAGCUCUGUGAACAGCUCAAUGUCAACCACAUGAUCCAGCGUAUAUUUCUCAUCACCCUGGACAACAGUGACCCAAGUCUGAGAGGAGGUAAUGGGAUCCCUCCUCGUUGUGUGUACCUGGAGGAGAUGGCUGCAGAUCUGGAUGGACAGGACUGGCUGGACAUGGACAACAUAGAGCAGGCGCUUUUCAACCGUCUGCUGCUGUUAGAGCCAGGAAACAACCUCAUCUACAUGACGUCAUGCAGCGCUGUGAACCUGUCCGCUGACCGUGACGCUGGAGAGAAACGUGCCAUUCCUUACCUUUUUGCCUGUUACCAGAGGGCAAAGGAAGAGGUGACGAAGGUACCAGAGAAGUUACUGUCGUUUGCUGUUCGCUGUAAGAACCUGACAGUUUCAAACACACAGACAGUACUGCUCACGCCAGAGAUCUACAUCAGCCAGAAUGUCUAUGAACAGCUUCUGGACCUGCUGCUGGAAGCUUUCAGUGGAGCACAACCAGAGGAGGUGAUUGAGUUUCUAGAGGAGGUCAUUGCUGGUCUGUUCUCUGACCAGGAGGUCCGUACCUUUGAGGAGGUGAUAGUACCAAUGUUUGACAUCUUCCAGGGGCGUGUCAAAGAUUUGGAUCUGUGCCAACCUCUCCUCUACUCCUACCUAGAUGUUCUCCUCUAUUUUAGCCACAAUAAAGACAUUGCUAAGGUGUUGGUGGAAUACAUUCAGCCCAAAGAUCCAUCUAAUGGUUUGCAGUACCAGAAGACCCUUUUAGGGACAGUGUUGAGUAUUUCUUGCUUGUUGAAAACUCCCGGUGUGGUGGAGGGACACGGCUACUUCCUGAACCCCUCCCGCUCCAGUGCUCAGGAGACAAAGGUCCAGGAGGCCAACAUCCACCAGUUUAUGGGACAGUUUCAUGAAAAGCUGCAUCAGAUCUUGAAAAACUUGCUCCAGCGGUCCGGAGAGACACGCCACCUGCUGCUCUCAUGGUUGGGCAGCUGUCUGCAGGCAAACGCUGGCCGAGCCAAGAUAUGGGCCAAUCAGAUGCCUGAGAUCUUCUUCCAGAUGUACGCCUCAGAUGCAUUCUUCUUAAAUUUGGGUGCGGCACUGCUCAAGCUGUGCCAACCCUUCUGCAGGCCACGUUCGCCCAAGCUGCUCACCUUCAACCCUUCCUACUGCGCACUCAAAGAGCUGAGUGAAGAAGAGAGGCGCAAUCGCAAUGUGCAUGCAAGAGGACUCGACAAGGAAACCUGUCUGAUCCCUGUGCCCCCUCAGCAGCCGGUGGAGUCUGCACAGUCCUACAGCCUGCUGACAGAAAACCUCAUCCUCACACAACUCACCCUGCAUCUCGGCUUCCACAGACUCCAUGAGCAGAUGGUGAAGAUGAACCAGUCUCUCCACCGGCUCCAGGUGACAUGGCAGGAGGCCCAGAGAACAGGCAACCCAAUGUCAGAGCAGCUCUUGGAGCAGUUUGAGCGUCUGAUGAUUGUUUAUCUGUCAACCAAAGCUGCCACCACGCAGCCUGCCAUGCUGCAAUGCUGCCUUAACCUUCAAUCUUCCACUGCUGCUCUGCUAGUUCAGCUUGGUAUGGGAAACCAGGGGCCUGAACAUGUAGCACUCACUUUUCCCCUGCCUUCCCUACAGAGUACUAUGCUCUGCUAUGUCCCAGAGUUCUUUGCAGAGAAUAUGGGAGACUUUUUCAUCUUUCUGCGUCGGUUUGCUGAUGAUGUUUUGGAGACUUCCUCUGAAAAUCUGGAGCAGAUUCUUAACUUUAUCACUGUCUUCAUGGGUAACGUAGAGAGGAUGAAGAACCCACAUUUAAGAGCAAAGCUGGCAGAGGUCUUAGAAGCAGUGAUGCCCCACAUGGAGCCUGUGGCUCCCGGUGCUGCUCAGCCAAUCGUGUUCCAGCGAGAGAGAGUCUUCUGUACCUACAGACAAGCACCUCAGCUGGCCGAGGCCCUCAUCACUGUGUUUGUAGACAUUGAAUUUACAGGUGAUCCUCAUCAGUUUGAACAGAAGUUCAACUACAGGAGACCCAUGUAUCCCAUCCUCAAGUACAUGUGGGGCAAAGAGGACUACAGAGAAAGUAUCAAGCAUUUGGCGGUCUAUGCAUCUGACAAUCUGGAGGCCAUGAACCCCCCUCUGUUCCUCAGGUUCCUCAACUUACUGAUGAACGAUGCCAUCUACUUGCUGGACGAGGCUAUUCAAUACCUGAGUAAAAUCAAGGUUCUGCAGCUGGAGCGGGAUCGAGGUGAGUGGGAUGGCCUGGCCCCUGAUGCCCGGAGAGAGAAGGAGUCAAGCCUGCAGAUGUUUGGACAGCUGGGCCGCUUCCACAAUAUCAUGUCUAAUGAGACCAUUGGCACACUGGCCUUCCUCACCUCAGAGAUCAAGGGGAUCUUUGUGCACCCCUUCCUGGCUGAGAGGAUCAUCUCCAUGCUGAACUACUUCCUGCAGCACCUGGUGGGUCCUAAGAUGGGGGCCCUUAAAGUCAAGGACUUCAGUGAGUUUGACUUCAAGCCCCAGCAGCUUGUUUCUGACAUCUGCACCAUCUACCUGAACCUGGGAGAUGAGGAGAAUUUCUGUGCUACAGUCCCAAAGGAUGGACGAUCGUAUUCUCCUACCCUCUUCUCCCAGACAGUCAGAGUACUAAAGAAGAUCAACAAACCUGGGGACAUGAUUGUGGGAUUUGGACUCCUUGCUGAUAAAAUAAAGUCCCAUGCAGACAGACAGCAGCAGGAAGAGGAGACCUAUUCAGACGCCCCAGACGAGUUCUUAGACCCCAUUAUGUCCACGCUGAUGCUUGAUCCUGUUCUUCUCCCAUCCUCUAAUGUCACAGUUGACCGCUCAACUAUAGCCAGACAUCUCCUCAGUGAUCAGACAGACCCAUUCAACCGCAGUCCUCUAACCAUGGACCAGAUCAGGCCAAAUGAGGAACUCAAACAGCAGAUCUUGCAGUGGCUGGAUAAGCAUAAGCAGGAGAGGCUGCAGCUGGGACCUAGUGGCUAGCCUUGAUCCCUCGCUGUAAUAAACAAUGACUGCACCCUCGUUUUCUCUCCCGGCCCACGUCUAGUGUGCUCCUCUCUGCUUCUCAGCUAAUCCAUGGUGUGCUUGCCUCUGUGGAUUUCUUCUGACUCCUCUGGUCCGACUAACAUUGCAUUAGCCUUUCAUGCAGCCCUCAUGCUCAGUGGAUUAUCUCUGUGACAACAAUCCAGACAAACUGUAGCCCACCGGCUGGUGACAAGUUCAAAAUACACACACAGUAGCUGUUUGACUCCCAUGAUGCCCUAUGGUAAACAUUAGUUGGGCGACACAAUCUCUGGUUCCUCUCUCUCUCUCUGAAUACUGUGUAUUAAUUAGUUCUCAUUACAUUCAGAACUGUGGCCAGAAGUAUCAGUUCAACAGGACUUGUUGAAUGUACUAUAUGAACUUGUGACUCACCAGCUGGCGCUAACGAGGUUUUAUACUGCAAGGUAAGUAUUUUUGGGAACUCAGACGGCAGAACAAAGAUGAAACUGUUAAUAAUUUGACCACAACUUCACCUAUAAUAAGAAUACAUGAUACACUGCCUUUUUACGUUUUUGAGCACCCUAUAUUUUAGCACUUUUGGCUGAAACUCAAGCAGCAUGCUCAUUGUAAAUAAAAUUAGAAGUUAAAUGUAAGGCAUAGAUAAAACUGAAUUAAAAUGUGUGUGGCUUUUAUUUAUUGGAAAAUAUAUAGAUUUGCUCUCCUAUGGCACAACUCACACUGCGCAACUGUCUGUAUAUUUUAUAAGCUUAAUAGGAUGAUUUUUUAAAAAUUGCAACUGCCUUUAAUUAAGCAUCAAUUAAAGAUCUUGUUAGGAUCUGAGAGCUUACUAAUUAAUAGAUCAUCAAAUGAAAGGUUGAAAGGACACCAUCACCCAUAUGGCAAUCCAGAGUGGAAGUGCAGGAGCUGCUCACAGCUGUUAAAACAUUUGAGUUAAUUGUUACAAUGACACCUUGGACAACAAAUAAAAGAAAUCUUUCCAAAAAACGUUUUUUCUUCACAUUUUGUUGUUAAAUUUGAAAUUGGCCAUAAUAUUCCAAUGUGGCAGAUUGUUGCCUUAUUAUCACUUCUCAGUAGUGCAAAUAGGUAAAAUAUAUAUACUCUAUAUAUAUACUCAGUUACCAAAAUGCCUUACUUUGAACUGUAGGACGUGGAAGUAUAAAUUUAAGGUUUGAAACACAGAAAUGGCAAGUCAGAGGAUGUUGACUGAGAAAUACAAGUGUCUUAUUUUAUCACUGUAGCUCUCAGUGUUUGAUGUUUAGGUCACUCAGACAUCCACAUAUACUCUACUCAGCUAAUCAUGACGUGCAUCUAUAACAUCCAUUGUCAGACUUUAAAGUUACAUUUCUUGAGAUUGAACCACAAAAUACCAAAAUAUAGGGUGUUCAGUCAUCUUUGAUUGGCAGUGUGUGUAACAGGCAUCAAUCCCCUUUGUGUCAUUAACAUUUAUGUGAUUAAUUGAUGUACCCCAGUCUAGCAUUUUGAAAGGAAAUUUUGUUGUGUGCAAGCGUAGUGUAUUAACAUGUGGGCAAACAGCUGAUCAGUAGAAUCGGUGCCUAAAACCACGAGCCUUGCAGUCAUGUCAGUGAAUGAGGAUCUGACUUAUUUCCUUCUUUUGGGAUGCUAUUAUGAGUUUGUUGCUUUGAGCUGCAGGUAGAAAAUAAAAGAAAAAGAUGGUAAGAGAAAGAUAACUUGUUUUUGAGUAGCUUUUUCCAAUUAAAAAGUUUUAAUUCAUAAUCAAAUGUGGUUGUAUUAAGUGGCAAAAUGUGAGAGACGGAUUGUUUGUUGGCAUGCCCCCAUAAUGUAUGUUGAAUAUCUACCGCCUGGAUGAUUACAUGGGUUAAAUUAUAAUGCAAUAUUUUUUUUGUUUUAAUUAUCAUAAUAAAAUGUUUAUUUUGGAUGUACAGUAUGAUUAAAAAAUAAAACUAA